AUGAGCGAAAUCAUCGGUUUUGACGGACCCAUCUACAUGACGUACCCAACAAAAGCUAUAGCUCCAGUCUUGUUGGAAGAUUACCGCAAGGUGCAGACAGAGUUCAGAGGAGACACCAAUUUCUUUACAUCCGCCAACAUAAAGGCCUGCAUGAAAAAGGUUAUUGCUGUUAACCUCCAUGAAACCAUACAGGUUGACAGGGAGUUGUCAAUCCGGGCGUUCUAUGCUGGACAUGUACUAGGUGCAGCAAUGUUUGAGAUUCGCGUUGGUCACCAGAGUAUACUGUAUACAGGUGACUACAAUAUGACUCCUGAUCGUCAUCUCGGUGCUGCCAGAGUGCUGCCCGGAUUGCGGCCAGAUUGUCUGAUCUCUGAGUCCACUUACGCUACUACAAUUCGUGACUCGAAAAGAGCACGAGAAAGAGACUUUCUGAGAAAAGUGCAUGAUAGAGUGAUGGCAGGAGGAAAAGUCCUUAUUCCAGUUUUCGCUCUAGGACGUGCUCAAGAAAUGUGCAUCCUUCUUGAAUCCUACUGGGAAAGGAUGGACCUCAAAAUACCUAUUUAUUUUUCUCAGGGUCUAGCAGAACGAGCGAAUCAGUACUACCGCUUGUUCAUAAACUGGACCAACGAAAAGAUCAAACGGACGUUUGUUGAGAGGAAUAUGUUUGACUUCAAGCACAUCAAGCCGUUAGAUAAAGGCUAUGAGGAUAUGCCUGGAGCUAUGGUGCUGUUUUCAACCCCAGGUAUGUUACAUGGUGGACAAUCCUUGAAAGUGUUUCGUAAAUGGUGUCACGAUCCCAGAAAUAUGAUAAUCAUGCCAGGUUAUUGCGUAGCGGGUACUGUGGGAGCAAAAGUAAUAAGGGGGAUGAAGAAGAUUGAAAUUGAAGGAAAAAUGCACGACAUAAAUCUAGCUGUGGAAUACAUGUUAUUUAGCCCACAUGCUGAUGCUAAGGGAAUCAUGCAGGAGUUUCAUGUACCUGUCUUGAUGCCAGCUAAUGGAGAAUCGGUAGUGAUCCCAGGAAUUGCCACUUUGGAGGUCGACGUUCCCCAUGAUAUCGUUCAACGAUGCAUUGACCUCGAUCCAGCUCCUUCGAAGAAAGCGUGCCCAUUUUCUGCCUGUUUGAUUAUGGAUAAGCAGAAUGGUCUCGAAGUGAUUUCUUGCGAGGCAGCUGCGAAUAAACUGCAAAUGGGUCUUCAUACUAUCACUCUGUCGCAGCUGAUAAAAUCGCGUAAUCCCUUAGAUUGGAGAGCCCUCUCAGAGGCGCUGACAAUCCAUGACAGCAAUCUCCAGCAUAAGCAAGACGGAAUAGAGCUCUUCCAUGGUGAAAUAUGCGUUUUACCCGUAAAAGGAGACGAAAAUCAGGUGGAAUUGAUAUGGGAUGAGUGCCGAGAGGCCUGGCAAUCAGUGAUCAUGCAGACUAUACAAGAAACGCUCAGCAAACAGCCUCUAGGCAUAACCUGA